GAGAGAGAGAGAGAGAGAGAGAGAGAGAGAGAGAGAGAGAGAGAGAGAGAGAGAGAGAGAGAGAGAGAGAGAGAGAGAGAGAGAGAGAGAGAGAGAGAGAGAGAGAGAGAGAGAGAGAGAGAGAGAGAGAGAGAGAGAGAGAGAGAGAGAGAGAGAGAGAGAGAGAGAGAGGAUUAUCUUUUGUACUUCCAUUAG